GGUAUUGAGGAGGUCCACAAGUUGUACCAUGAUGAUUAUGACUGGCUUUAUAAGGCGGAUGAUGAUACUUAUACUAUCAUGGAGAAUUUGGUGGAUUUUGUGUCCAGGUAUAAUACUAGUGACCCACUGUGGUUUGGACAGCCUUUCCGGACACCAUGGAAAAAUAAUAAGCAAUAUUAUUUUACGGGAGGUGCUGGAUAUCUCCAUAACCAUAAAAAGGUAUUUAGUAAGGAAGCCGUGAAUCGGUUGAUUAAAUCAUUUGAAAAUCGGCGGAAGGACUGCGAUGUCAGCAAACAAGAGGGACCCGACGACGUCUACUUCGCCGUGUGCCUUCAGGGCAGUGGUGUAGUGCCUGGUGAUGCUCGGGACGUGUUGGGUGAGCCAAGGUUCUUUCAUUUUUCACCCGAGACCAUGAUGAAUCCCAAUAAG